GAGCCCUCCUCUCGUGCGGAGACGAUCUCCGCUGCAGUACCCUCUCCGGUGCUGUAGGGGGCGGCAGAGCAGCGCGUCGUUUCCUGUGAAGCCCGAUAGUCACAACAAGAGGAGGAAGAGGAAAAAACGACAGCUCUGGACCGUCGUCGACCGCCUUGCGUGACAACACAAGGAUCGCGUUCCGGGCUUUCAGGCACCAGGAACAUGCCAAUGGAGGCUCGCGGACCAAGAUGGCUGGGCGCAGUGAAAUGUGAAAUAUUCCUGCUCAGGUUCUCCUUUUUCUGCACGCCUUUCGCGACUGUCACGCGAACUCUGCGGCCGAAACGCGUGGCUUAAGUUAAGCGGAGUCCGUCUGUUUGUUUCUGUUUGCGUUUAGAUCAUUUUACAGGCGCUACUGCGGCUUUUACUGCUGCCAGGCCCAUCGUGUGUGGGUUUUUUUUUUUUUUUUUUUAAACAAGCAUUUCUGCAUGAUUGAUUCACCUACUUCUGUUUACUCUCUGCAGUUCUAUCGGUCGUCCGUCAAAAGAAAGCGAUACAAACGUAGCUCCGAUUUGACCUGCAACAUGUCUGAUUUACUGAGAUAUAUCGACUAUGAUCACAAAGCCACCUUUUUGAAGAUGCUCAACCAGCAGAGGAUGGAAGGCGAGCACUGUGACGUGGUGGUGGUGGUGGAGAACAUCGAGUUCAGGGCCCACCGCUGUGUCUUGGCGGCCUGCAGCAACUACUUCAAAAAGCUCUUUAAGAAACAGAGCGAGGAGGACAACUCCAUCGUGGAGCUGGACUUCAUUCGCUCGGACAUCUUCGAGGAGGUGCUCAACUACAUGUACACAGCCAGGCUCGCCGUGAGGAAGAAGGACAUCAACAUGAUGAUGUCCUCCGGCCAGAUCCUGGGCAUCAACUUCUUGGACAACCUGUGCACCCAGAAGCGUGAGCUGACCAACAUGAAGACCCGGGAGAACCAGGCUCCGGGUGACCACGGGCUGCGAGCUCAGGACGCCAUCCUGAAGGAGCUGGCCAUGGAGGAGGUGCGGAAAAACAGCUUCUAUGACCAGGGGAUGGAGGGUAUGGGGCCCGGCGGCUCUCACGUGUCUCAGCCGCACAACUACAACACCAACAUGGGCAAAGACCCCCACAGCCACGGCUGGGGCUCCUCGUCCUCCAGCGACAUGAAGCUGGAGUACCUGCUGUACGGCCACCGCGACCACGGCUCCUGUCAGAGCACCGGCGCCAAAACCCUGGAUCACAACGCCAAAAAGGAGCGCCUGCUCACCGCCAACCGCCCCUACGCCUGCGAGCACUGCCCCAAAGCCUUCACCACCGCCGCCCACCUCAAGGAGCACCUAAAGAUCCACUCCGGCUUCAAGCCCCACCGCUGCAUCGUGUGCGGCAAGGCCUUCAUCCGGGGGCCCGACCUGAAGCGGCACGAGCGGGUCCACAGCAACGAGCGGCCCUUCGGGUGCCAGAUAUGCGAAAAGGCCUUCAAGCACAAGUCCCACCUGAAGGACCACGAGCGGCAGCACCGGGGCGAGCGGCCGUUCAACUGCGGCUCCUGCGAAAAGGCCUUCAUCAAGGCGUCGGACCUGAAGCGCCACUGGAACACCAUGCACAGCGGCAACCCCCGCAGACAGAUGUCCCUGUCCCCCGCCGCCUCCCAGCACGGCCAGGCAGAGGCCGCCGACCAGAGAGACUGGAAACUGGAGACCGGGCCACACUCGCAUAACUCGGGGGACUGCUGAGCCGCUGCUGGUCCGCAUGCGUCCAACAGCAUUCAUUAGAAAAGAAAAAGAAUAAACGUAUACACACAUACUGACGCAACCACAAAACCCUGUGACAGGCCGACGGCCUGACGUCACGCGGACGAUGAUCGGAGUGAGUAACGAGAGACCAUAGCAUGUUCAUGAGACUGUGGGGGCUGUAUUAAUAUUAUUGUUAUUAUUCAGAAGAGUUAUGUCAAAACCAUGUUUUCUUUCCACCUGUAAAAUCAUGUAAAUGUUUAGUCCACUCUACUAUACGUAUAUUUUUCACAAAGCGUUGUUGCUAUGUAGAUUGGGGGUUCUCAUAACAUUAAUUCUCUUUUACUUUUUACGGGAUAUGUAACAUUUAAAUGUUUGUUUAACCUUUACUGGAUUUUUACGGAGAUGAAAGAGAGAAACCGAAUGGGAGGG